AUGGCUGACACUCUGCGGCUAGCUUUGGCUUCGCGGCUCCCCACAGCACAAAGCCCCCCCGGCUUACUUGGCUCAGUUGCCGUUACUAUACUGACGCUACUGGUAGUCUAUGUCAUCAAAUUUGCGCCUCGAGAUGAUAAAAUCAUUCCCUCGUACGAGGUCGUUGGCAUGUCUAAAAGGGAUACAUUUUCAGAAGCCCAGAAACGUUACUCUACAUCUUCCAGAGCCAUCCUCCAAGAGGGACUGACUAGGAUUCGGAAUGCAUUCCAGGUCUACACACCUGUUGGUCCCGUGAUUGUUCUGCCGAAAAGGUACACGGAGGAAAUCAAAAACCACAAGCAGCUUUCUUUUGCCAAGAACGUCGAAAAGUCGACCUUUGGUACCCUUCCAGCAACGUCACUUAUGCCUGGGAUGGCCGGGUUCAUGUUCGGCGCACAUAGGCUUGAGGUGAUGGCCGGCACCGCGAGGAUGCAGCUGACCCAAUCACUUGGCAAAAUCACCGCUCGUCUCUCAGAAGAGACCGCUAUGGCGAUAGACGAAUACUUCCCGUCCAACAAAGGUGAUUGGAACAAUAUCGUCUUCUACCCGACAGCCGUCCGCCUUGUUUCUCGACUGUCCGCUCUGGUUUUCUUGGGCGAUGAGAUUUGUCGCAACGAGGAAUGGCUACACGUCUCGGGCCAGUACGCCAUUGACGGCAUAGACUUCAUCCGCGCAUUGCGGUCCUGGCCGGCAAUACUCCAACCGAUAGCGCAGUUUUUCCUUCCGGAGCGUCGUAAGAUUUGCAAGCACGAGAAGAUGGCAAGGAAAAUCAUUCAGCCAGUGGUUGACAAGAGGAAGCGCGAGGCGAUGGAGGACGCCAAGGCGGGAAGACCACCCAAGGAAUACACGGAUGCUCUCCAGUGGCUGCAGGAUGCCAUGGACAAGUCUGGGAGGAAGUUCGACAUCGUGGGCGGUCAGCUGGGCCUCGGACUCGCCUCGAUUCACACCACCUCGAUGGCGCUGACACGUGCCAUUUUCGAUCUCUGCGAUAACCCGGAGUGGGUGCAGCCUCUACGCGAUGAGGUCAAGCAAGUGUUGGCCGAGGACGGGGGGUGGAAGAAAACGACGCUUCAUAAGAUGAAGCUGAUGGACAGCGUGUUGAAGGAAUCGCAGCGACGGAAUCCCGUUCACUUCACCAUCAUGACGAGGAUCGCGGAGGCCGACGUCGAUCUUUCUGGUGGCGUCCAUGUCCGAAAGGGUGAUAUGAUCACUGUCACGACCACCGAGACAAUGAUGGACCCGGCCGUGUUCCCCGAGCCCGAGCGCUUCAUCGGGGACCGGUUCUUGAAAUUGCGUCAGAUCCCAGGCAAUGAGAACAAGUGGCAGUACGUAACCACUAGCGCUGACCACAUUGGCUUCGGCCACGGAGCGCAUGCGUGUCCCGGCCGCUUCUUUGCUGGGAACGAGCUGAAGAUUGUCCUCGCCCACAUGCUGAUGAAGUACGACUGGGCCUUUGCACCGGGUCACGACUCGAGGAACAUUGAGCUGGCACAAGACAUCAUUCCAAACCCUGUUGCGGAGCUCAUGUUCAAGGAAAGAAACAAAGAUAACGGGUCGUAG